AUGGACCGCGAGCUGGAGGCGCCGCCGGCCCGGCCAGCGCUCCCGGGGGAGCCUCCCUUCCAAGCGCUGGUGGAGGCGGUGGGCGGACGCGGGCAGGUGUUGCUGGUGGGCGAGCUGUGGGAGCGCGAGCAGAGUCGCGCACUGCUGCGGGACUUCGCCCGGGCGGUGUUCCCGACCGAGCAAGCCGCGGGCAAGGCGGGCAACGCGGUGGCCGAGGGCGCUGGGCCCGGCGCGCCGCGGGCGAGGUGGGCACCCGGGACGGCGAGGGCGCGCGCCAUCCACUCGCCGCUCGUCUUCGUGCUGUGCCGCGCGUCGUCGCUGGCCGCCAGGGAGCCGCGGCGCCGCCUGCGGGAGAUGCUCCGGGAUGUGCGCGAUCGGCGGGCGGCCGGCGCGGCGCUGGUCGGGGUGCUGGUGGCUGAGGCCGGGCCCGAGGACUCGGUGGCGCCGGUGUUGCGGCGUCUGGAGGCGCUGCUACGCACCGUGUUCGGCCGCCAGGCGGGGGGCCCGGUGCAGGCGGCCGCCUACUGUCCCGGCCACCCAACCUCCAGCCUGGCAGUCCAGGCGGCAGCUAGCAGAGCCCUGCAAGCCGCCGGUCCCGCACGACCAGUGGAAGGAGCCUGGGAGAGACCCGGGCUCCCAGCGCUGCUGGCCUGCUUCUCCUGGGGUCCCUGGAGCCGGAGGAAGGACCCACACGCAACCUCCCCCGGUGGCCCAGCUCAGGGUACCCUCCGGGAGCCCGAGGAGGAGCUGGCGCUGACCGUCGUGCUUCCCAACGGAGACUGUGAGGAUCCCGGGAAGGCGCCAGGUGCCUGCCGCGGCGCCAGCCACGCUCCCGCGGAGCCCGCUGGAGACUCGAGAUGAAGCCUGGACCCCCGGGCUGCCCAGCUCUGACCUGAGGACUGCGGGCUGACUCCUCAUCACUGAGCCCCCAGGUCUCCAGGUCGACCGUGGGGUGGCCGGCAGUACAAAGGCCCCACCUUCCAGGGAGCGGUUGCAUGGACCGUUUCCCAGAAAGGCGGCGGGACUUAGGAAGCGAAGCCGGACCUAGGAAAACGGACCAUCUGGGAACUUGUCCUCCCCUCAUGUUUGGUCACGCUGUUUUGGGUCAGGAGAUGGUUUUUUUCUUUCUGUGCCUUGGUUUCUCUAUGCCAUUGAUGGCUGUCUACUUUGAGGCCUUGUGGUGCUGUGGUGUCCCAUGGUUGCAUGUGUGAGCAUCCAUCAUUUCAGGUGCGGCUGGAAAGAACUGUGGACCAGACAGAAAUCAUCAGAUAGAGGGGGAGGCGGGUCUUGGACCUGUCACUCUGUCAAUGACCAGGCUAUCCCCAUGCCGCAGGCAGCACUAGAAAUGCGGGCUGCCCCCGGCAUGUAGCAGCAUCUCCCAUUACGUAGGACAAACUCUAAUAGCAUAGAAUUACUCCACUCAAAAUGCCAGUCAUGGCACCUUUGAGAAACUCUGAAGGAGCCCAUGUCUUCUCCCUGUCAAAAUCUAGGAAGAGUCUCCCAGGCAGAGAGGGUUGGGCUUCCUGGACCAUCGGUCCUGAACAAGCCAGAAUAAAGACUGCACUGCCACCUGGGCUGGAGGGACCAGAGUCAAGGAGCUCCGUGUGCUGCUGGCCCAGGACAGAAAUAGCCUUAUACACCUGUGAGAAGAAAGGUCUUUCUUUCUUCCUCAUGUUGACAUUGAUCUUCAGUGCCAAGUCCUUUAAGAAUAAGGAUGUUGGGAACUGUCCACAGCACCAAAGAGAAGGAAAGUUAGGUUGUGGAUUAAUGCAAGGGCAUAGGACUUGCUCUCAAUCUCAGGUCCUACCCCAGGGUCAAAGCCGACCCAGCCCGGAAGUGCUGAGUGCCUGAAUCCCUUUUUUCUCCGUGAGUCAGACAGGAUCCAUGAUGUUCCUUUAAAAGCCAGCAAGGCCAUCUGUUCACUCAGAGAGGGAAUUCUUCAUUACCUCCCUCGUCUUCCCCACCUGCCCCUGGAGAAAGCCAGCCUUUGGAAUGGCGAGGACAGCUCCUGAUUGUCCCUCGCAGGAAGUACUCCCUCAGGGAAGAGGCUACCUUCAUUCAUUCACGCCUGAUGCACCCAGCAGACGUGCAGUUGUGCCUGCCGUUUGCCCAGCAUCCUGCCAGGCGCUGUGUCGCUUCCUCGAGAUAUUUCUGCUCUCUGUGUGACUGGUGCCAAAAUGUGGAAUGGGAGACCUUCUGCCGCUGAGAGACAAUGUUAAAGACCACCCCUUAAUGCUCUAUGCCUCAGCUCAGCCUCUGCAACAGGGGGCCUAAUCCCUGCUGGUGGGAGGCCGGGUCGGAGGACACCUGAUUUGCGGUGGGUUGACAGCAUGUGUCAUUUUAAUAAUGCAAAGCUAUCUCACCAGUCGAAGGACCCGUCUGGCUUCCUUCUACACAAGAAUGAACUCGAUGAAUUACUGCUGAUUUUGUUUUAAAGUAGAGGGACUGGUGUCGUUGAAGCUGCUAUGUUUUUUCUAUUUAUCCAUUAAUUUCUUUGUAAUGAUUUGGUUAGACUUGUAUUAUUUGGGGCAGGGAGGGAGCUUUUCUUAAGUUAGAAAAUUGUCUAAGGCAGAAGCCACAAGGCAGCAGCUUCUGCUGUAUUUAAAAACUUAGGAGUUCAUUGUCAAUAUUCGAAACCUAGGAGAUUGCACAUAUUAAAAAGCUUGUUUUCUGGGUGGAGGAUGGCGCGUGCCAUCAUCUCUACCCCCCGACUUGGGCCCCUCUCCCAAGCCCCCCCACUGCCCUUCACUUAUAUAGGCCCCCUGCCUGGUCCCGGUCCUGGUGGGCAUCCGAGUGCCCGAGCCUCAGGUAUAAAGAACGGGUGGUUUGCACAUUUUUUGCAUUACCUUCAGUAUUUCCUGUGAAUAGUUGAAGAGAGAAGGUCUUUCUGGACGACGCUUUAGGUUCUGCCUCCCGACUGACGCAGACGGGACUGAGGCUCUUCCAGGCCUAUCUUGGCUUCCGUGAGACACGGCCGUGCCUUCAGGAACAGACUAGUCGCUCUUCUCUAGCAGACAGAAGAGUUAGGUGCCGGGAGGGACCGUGGCGGUGGGUCUCCGCUCCAAGGGCCAUGUACAAGGUCUGACAGCUGGGAUGGGCCUGUCUGAGGGUGGAUUCCCCGGGUUAGGUGAGUGGUAGCAGCAGCCGUGGGCGAGGGGCCUCUGGCAGGUCGCAGUCUGGGCCCGGGGGUACUAAUCUUGGUAAAGUGGCAGUCGUAGUGCUUCUGACUGAGCGGAUAACUCCUUGGAUCUAAUAAAGCCAAACAGCACCUCACUGCGGUCUAAGCAAACACAGG